AGUUCUAGGAGAAGAUAUAGGUUGAAUCGCGUGACCGCAGAAAUGGAGGAGAAUCAAGACAAAUUGAUGAAUGAAGCUAAGAGACCUGUUAAUUCCAGAUUGUGCAGAGUUUCUGGUUGGAUGACGGAGAUAAUGGAAAUUCAAGCUGAGAAUCCCACAUUCUAUGUAUUGUUUAUUCCGGGAAAUCCAGGAGUUGUGUCAUUUUACAAGGAGUUUUUGGAAUCUUUAUACGAGUUUCUUGAUGGAAAUGCUUCUGUAAUUGCUAUUGGACAAAUAUCUCACACAAGCAAGGACUGGGAGUCUGGGAGGCUAUUUUCGUUUCAAGAACAAAUUGAUCAUAAGAUUGAUUUUAUCAGACAGGAGUUGGAGAGUGUGAAAGUUCCAAUAGUAUUGGUUGGGCAUUCUAUUGGAUCUUAUAUAUCCCUUGAAAUAUUGAGGAAGUUCUCGGAGAAGGUGGUAUAUUGCAUUGGCCUAUAUCCAUUUUUGACUCUGAACCAACAAUCAACAAAGCAAUCAUUAAUUGGGAAACUUGCAGCGUCUUCUGUUCUGUCGGCUACAGCAAGUUUUCUGAUUGCAUCUCUGAGACUUUUACCCAUGUCGGCUUCACGGCUGCUUGUAUCCAACUCCAUUGGAGCUUCAUGGUCUGAUACUGCUGUUCAAGCUACUUGCACACACUUGAGGCAGUAUCACACCAUGCGGAAUGUUCUCUUUAUGGCAAAGUCAGAGUUUAGAGAGCUCGCAGCAGAGCCAGAUUGGGAUUUCAUGAGGGAAAACCAGAGCAAGCUUGCAUUUUUAUUUGGCAUAGAUGAUCAUUGGGGUCCACUGCAACUCUUUGAAGAGAUUUCGAAGCAGGCUCCAGGUACAUCCUUGGCCAUCGAGAGGGAAGGUCACAUGCACGGAUUCUGCUGCACGGUGGCUGGCUCAGCAUGGGUUGCGCAGCACGUAGCCACUCUGAUCAAGAACCGGUUUUCACAGCUCCAGUAAAGUACAUUCCCCUUUCUCUUCCUUCCAACACAAUAACUUAUUGUCAAUAAGUGUCAACCAUCAAAAUGUUUGUUUUACUGAAACAGAGUAGUUUCAUAGUAAUUGUCAGGGAGAUGUUUAUGUAAAAAUGUUUGGUUUAGACUUAUAAUCAGGUCUAUUUACCAUGAAAGUUUAGGAGAUUAUUGCAGAACAACCAAAAUUAUUUUCAAAUCUUAAUUGUUGUUCCUAGUUACGUAAACUAUAAACCGAAAUUUCUAGA